AUUAUAAAUACAGCAUGAUCUUUCAGCAACUCACAUGAAGCUCAAAUCAGCAUUGCUAGAAGAAACAUAUCUCAGACCAGACCACCACUAACUGUUAUUAUGGAUCUAAAACAACGCCUUAAGAAGCUGGAGUGCCACUUCACCUGGGAUCUGGAGUACAGUAAAAAUGAACUCCAGGAUUUACUGAGCAACCUGAAUGAUGUGGACCAGGAAACGUGCACUUGGCCGGUUCACUAUUACAACCUGCUGGGCUACAUCCAUCAGGCUCUUGGCUCCAGCACAGAGGCGCUGAAGAACCUGGACAAAGCAGAAAGUGUGAUCCAGGAGCAGGGAACAGAAGAGGCUGGAGUCCGGCUGCAGGUCAACAAAGCUAACCUGGCUUGGGUCUACUUCCAUUUGGGAGAGAUGGAGAAGAGCAAAGAAUAUCUAGAAGAGGUGGAGAGGCUUCAGCGAAUGCAUCCUGCUCCACCUGAAUGCACUUUACACCCUGAAGUGAGUGGAGAAAAGGGCUGGACGCUGGUGAAGUUUGACUUGUCAAAGAAGUGUCAGGCAAUUGAUUACUUUAAAAUGGCUUUAAAAGCACAACCAGAUAGGAAGGAAUGGCACAAAGGUCUUGCCAUGGUGAUGAACAAGGAUUGUGUACAGUCUAAAUUCACUCCAGAACAGAUUGUAGAGCAAGUGAAACUCGCACAUGAGAAAGACCCAAGUAGUUUGCUCCUUCAUGCUCAAUAUUUACUAGAACUGUGCUAUCAGAAACCAUCAGAGCAUAAAAAAACAGUGUCAUCAGAAAACAUUGAAAGGGAGAUGCGAGAUUUACUAGAAAGAACUCUUGAAACUGGAAACCUGGAGGGUUUGCAUAUUAUUCUCAGGUAUUAUAGAAAAGAGAUUUCUUUUGAUAAAGCUAUUCAAAUAGCAGAAACAGUUCAAGAAAAGUUCCCCUCUUCAGUUAAAGCAUCAAAACUUUUGGCAAACUGCUACAAAUGGAAGGUUUACAACAUGGAAGGCAGUGAGGAAAAGGAAAUUUUUGCUAGGAAAGCCAUUAAGCUCUUUGAGAAGGUUGUCAGACGUAACCCUCACUCACUUGAUGUAAAGAUAUACCUUGCAUCAAUGCACAAAUAUGCGAAUGACAGAAAGAGAGCAGAUGAGAUUUACCAGCAGCUCCUGUCAGAGAUAAAUGAUCUUUCUCCUCAUAGGCAACAGUAUAUUUACUACAAUUAUACCUUUCAUCUACUUGACUGCAGACAGUAUGAAGAAUCAAUCAAAUAUCACAUGAAAGUAGCAAAAAUCCCAAAUGAUACAGUUCACAAACAGAAGAGCAUAAAGAUUCUUCAAAGAACUGUGAGAAAAGGUAGAAGCCCUCAGUGUGAGGAAAUUCUGCUUAUUCUGGAGAAAAUUAAUAUUUCUGAUUAAAAUGUCAUACUUCAUCAAAAAACAAACAAACAAGCAAAAAAAAAAAAAAACUUCCAUUUGUAUAAAUUUGCCACAAUUCUAAAAAUUUUAGUGAAGGUGGGAAAAUUUUCUCCCUCUUGAAAACCAUUCUCUGUGGAAUAUUUUCUAUAAUACUGAAAAAUACCAAAAAAACAAACAAACAAAAAAAAACACUUCUUGGAGCUGGAUCAUGUGCUUAUUGCAUCUGGUUAUUAAUAGUGUUCAGAAAAAACACCUGCUUUCAUUUCUGAAGACUUUCAUUUCUGAAAUGUGGAUAUACAGAUGUUGCUUAUAGUACAUGUUUCUGUUUCAAAUACAAUAAUAAAAAUUUAAUUAUAAAA